GCUCGUUCGACGGCCAGCUCACUCUUGUCCUCACCUGCUGCUUGCACCUUGUAGCGUGUCGAGCGUAUCGAGUUGCCUCACAUUUUGUCCCUGACGACCAAUCGUUUCAGCAUCGUACCUUGGUUACCCGUGCACGCUUGUUCGCUGGAUUCCGGGACCACUGCGCUAUGACAGUCUGACCUACUUGCCUGACGGUCUUCCGAGCGAGUCCUUUGUUCGCUCCUCCGUCACCCUCGAGCCUCCAACGCCUGACCAAACAGCAGAAGCUCCUGUGACGGGCCUCUGCCUCAGCGCGUCUGCACUGCCUGCUCUCCGCUAGUGCCUGGGUGCUCUCUCCAUGCAUUGCUGCCGUUAACGACAUCUGGGUGCGAGUACACGCCUCGUUCCGCCUCUUUUCUGGAUAGGUCGCCAUCACGCUCAUCAUGGCGAGCACACAGCUGCCCCCCAGGGGCAUUGCUCUCGUUGGAGCUCCGGAUAGCGACAUCGGUUCCAAGGAUGCCAGCUCGACGCCCGUGCAGGCCAUGCAGGUAGAAAUGACCCAGGACAUGGUCGACGAGCUCGUCGAGAGCGUAAGGAGUGGGAAGUUGGCGCAGAUAUCCUUCGGCCGGACUCCUCAACUCAAAUACGGCGACAAGACCCACGUACUGCAGAGCAGCGCAGAGACACACAGAUGCGAGCUAUACAAGUCCAGCGGCGCUGGCAGCGGCAACGACCUCGAAUUCGCAGGCCUAGUCAACCACAGUUUGACCGUACAGAAGGCGGAGGAUGUCACGGCAGGCGUCGACUCGGCAUUGGAGCAGCUCAGAUACAACAUGGCUGCGAUCUCGGAGGUUAGGGAAGCCAACAAGACUAUCGUUGGCGACGCCACUUCCAGCCGCGCCUCUGCCCAUCGUCGCUUCCCUUCGUCGGGCUUCAAGCAUCUCGCCCCUUCCCGAGUCGGGUCGCCACUGCUGAAUACGCCUUCCUCGCCCAUGCACAAGCGCCCACCUACCUCGCAGCCCGGUGGUACACACGAAGCGAUCCUCGCCGCCCUUCGCGUUCCCAUCAUCCACCUCCUCGCCAAGCAACCCGCCGCAGAAGCCUCUCUCGCCGCGUCGUGCCGCACAUCCACCGCCAAUGUGCGCGAUCUCCUGCCCAAGAUCGCCAAACGCUCCUCUCAGGAUGCAGACAAGUGGCAGCUCACAGACAAGUCCUUCCGCGACAUCAACCCCUGGAAGUUUCCUUACAGCUCCGAAGAUCGUGACGAGGCAAUCGAAAGCGCAAUCAAAGCGUUUGACCGUCUGCGCCUAGCAAAAGAUGACAAGCUUUGGCAGAUCCUGCUGCCACGUGAGGAGCGAGGCCAGGGUAAAUGUCUCUCGCGCUCCAAGGUGAAGGCGGUGGAGGCCAAGCCUAAAUCCUCUACACCAAUGCAAAAGAUAUCAGACCUUACCAAAAAGAAGCCUGUCGCGAAGAAGUCCGACGACAAGGUCAUCGAGAGGAAAAUGAAGACGGCGAAAGACUCCGAAAUCAAGCCGGCCAAGACGGUGAAGGCGAAGAUCGUCAGGGAAUUGCCAACGGUGAAGGAGGUGAAGGACGAACCCUCCAAAGUGUCGACACCUCUCCCAGCCACCUCUUCGGCUACCAAACCUGUCGCACCUUCUCACCGCAACACGCCGUCCCUCGACAAUUCCAAAAUUCGCACCAAGAAGGCACCUGCUACUGACAACAGCUCUGCUCCACGAGCGAGGCCCAAGAUGUCGUCACGAGAUGUCAACCGAAACCACCCAGCAAGACCGGCUAGGCCAGUGAUGCCCAUCAAUACCAAGCCAAAGAACCCCUCGCCUCUCUCAGCAUCACCGCCAGUUAAUGCGAGCGACUUCGAAGACAGCCACCCUGUCCAUAAGGCACUCGCUGCCGCUCCUUCACCCGCCAACAUGUCUUCUGGCAACUCGGACCGUUCGCUAAAGCGCAAGGCAAACGACAUCGGCAGCGACAUCCACAACCACACUCUGGCGGUGAAGAAGCCUCACCACGACCGCUCCACGUCAAACCAGCCACCCUCCAACAGCAAUGGCAGGCUCAAUGGCUCCACCCCUACAGGCAGCAGCGCUCUCAAGCGCAAGUCCAACGAGUCGUCCUCCUCCAACACGCCUACCAACGUCUCGAAAAUCCGCAAGGUCAACAACAUCGACACAGGCCUUGCCUCACGCUACCACCAUAACAACUCUCAGGCCUCACCAGGCGCGUCAUCCACAUCCACGACCUCGCCUACGACAAGCCUGAGUUUCCGGCAGACGGUGGAGCUGUCCCAGAAGUUUCAGAAAUACUACAAGAAGUACGAGGAGUUGUACUGGCAGUUGACCGAAGCGGAGAAGCCGCCAACUGAGAUGCAGAGGAGCAAUCUGCUCAAGAUGCACAAGCAGCUAGACGAGAUGAAGAAGGAGAUCAAGGCUGGUGCUGGUGGGAUGCAUCAUCGAUGAAUCAUGGACGAUCCUCUCAGGGCUUCACUAUCACGCAUACAUCACUUCGCACCAUGACCGCGACUACGACAAAACAAUUUGCAUAUAUACCCACGGCCCACAAGAGAACGGCAGUCUGCAUACCAAAAUGGCGUUGGGAGGGAUCUCUGUACUCAUUUCUCGGAGGCAUUGUAUGGCUUCGGCUGUUUAGAACUUUCUUCAACUUGCAUGGGGAUACUUGAGGUGCAUUUGGAAUUGGCGUUCAUGUUCUGGACUUUCCCCACUUAAUGACUCUACUGCGAAGGUCGCUGUGCUUUCCUAUGAACGAUACCUAUUGGAUACUUAGACUGAGUCGAGCCGGCGUCUUUAUACCCCCGCAGCUAUUAUACGUUGCUACAAUAAAAGC